CAAAAAUACACUCUUCACUUCUCUUCACUAAGCUGCCUCUCUCUUUAUUGGUGACUCUUCCCCAUGACACCAUGCUAGCUUUCUUGUAAUUGUCACUCUUACUAAUAGAAGUCGUGAUCUUGACAUUGGCCUUCCAGUACGGCACGGAUAAUCCAGAGUCUAGCACACUAAGUGGGCUUUUGGUUGGCAGAAAGUAAUCACACAGACGUCAGUUGCGCUUUGCAUCCUGACAUGGACAACUACAAAAGAAAUCCACUAAAACCAUGGAAGAAGGGCCCAGCAAGAGGAAAAGGGGGCCCACAAAAUGCAUUAUGCGAAUACCGAGGCGUUCGACAAAGAACAUGGGGAAAAUGGGUAGCAGAAAUCAGAGAGCCUAAGAAGAGAACUAGACUCUGGUUAGGAUCUUUUGCAACAGCUGAAGAAGCUGCUAUGGCUUAUGAUGAAGCAGCUCGGAGAUUAUAUGGUCCUGAUGCUUACCUUAAUUUACCACACAUGAGAGCUAAUUUCAAUCCAUUAAACAAAUCACAAAAGUUCAAAUGGUUUUCCUCAACCAACUUUGUUUCAUCAUUCCCUAAUUGUACUACUGGUUUGCUCAACUUAAGUGCUCAACCUAAUGUUCAUGUAAUUCACCAAAGACUUCAAGAACUCAAGAAAAUAGAGGCAUCGUCUUCAAGUUCAUCAAUCAGUGAUCCCAAGAAUGAAAUAUACAACUUUAGUAAACAACCCCACUUGACAAUUCCACAAGUCAAGGAAAAGGAAGUUGAAUUUUCAUCACAAAAUAAAUCAGUAGUUCAAGAAAAGCCUCAGAUUGAUCUGAAUGAAUUUCUUCAACAACUUGGAAUACUGAAAAGAGACGAUGAUAAGGCGGAUAAAAGUCAUGAUCAUAGCAUCAGUUGUUUCACUGAGUCAGAAGUUUCAUUGAAAGAUGACAGUUCAGUUGCUAAUUUCUUUGCUGAUGCAAGUUACAAUUGGGAUACAUUGGGUGCAAUAACAGGGAUAGAUGAUCAUGAUCAGGCAGAAGAGACUAGUAGCUUUAUUGAUGCUUAUAAUGUGAAUGAUGAGCUUAUGUUUCCUUCUUCAAUAUGGAACUUCUGAAAAAAAUUGAGUUAUUUUUGCAGACACCAGGGAAAUCUCCUUUUCUGUAUGGGUGCAUGGGAUUGAG